AUGUUAGAUCGAAUGCGCUAUUUCACCGCUUCUUCGCUCAUCGCCAAUUUGGAAGAUAUCCUAAUACUCCCCCCGGCGCACCCUCCCCCAUCCUCCUCCACCUACACAUACCCGGCCCUGCGGCGUCCUGCCGCCGCCGCCGCCGCCGCCAAAGCGCAAGCACAAGCACAAGCACAAGCACAAGCCGCCAACGCCCAAGCCGCCAACCCUGCCGCCCCAGCCCCACCUGCAACCAACGCUGAGAGAAAUGCAAAAACAAAACCCGCCCCCGGCGGCAAAGUCUCCAAGCAGCGAAUCCACCCCAAGAAAAAACCAUCGCCCCCGCCCCGCCUCCGCCGCCCCGCCUCCGCCGUCCAGCAAAUCGCUUUCUUUGAAACUUUUCACCAGCAGAACUUCAAUACUCCGCGUUUCAGCUUUACCGUUUACAGCUGCUAG